AUGCUCCGACGAUUCCUGCCCCGCCGCGCUCGCACCGCCAUCGCUAGCGCGGCCCUUAAGGCUUCCGCCAAUGCGAAAGCUAAUUGCGUGCCUUUUCAAGUGUCCUGCAAUGCUGCACACGAAGUUUGGGUUCCAUCACGCGGGUAUUUCUCUUUAUACGGCCCAUUGAAGCUCUCGACCUCCGCUGUUCCGGCCCGGUGGUUUUCGUCCCCAGAAGCGCCUACAAGCGGCGAAUCCUUCACUUCGCUAGCGAAUCAAGCGAAGCGGGAGAUUGAAGUGAUCCAUGACGUGGUCGCCACCGCUGAGAACAAGCAAGAACUCGCUGAGCUGCGCGAAGAGGCUGCAGCUCCGGACCUUUGGGACGACGCGACUCGCGCUGCAUCGGUGGUGCAACGACUGGGAGCACUGGAGUCAAGAGAAACAAGGGCAGAGGAGCUGCACCGUCGGUUCUUGGAUACAAAGGAGCUGCACCUGAUGGCGAUGGAGGAGGAGGACGAACCGAUGCUUCGCGAGUGUGUGAACGCUAUGGCUGCAGUCCACGCUGAUGCGCAGCAGCUCAGACUGGAGUUGCUGCUGUCGCAUGAGAGUGAUGCUCGAUCGUGUUUCUUGGAGAUCCAGGCAGGCGCUGGGGGAACUGAUAGCUGCGACUGGACGGCGAUGCUGGCGAGGAUGUACGCGCGCUGGGGAGAGGCGCGUGGCUUUCAGGUGCAAAACGUUGACGAGUCUGUGGGGGAAGAAGCUGGAUUCCGAUCGGUGGUGUUACGGCUAGAUGGCGCAUAUGCAUACGGGUGGGCGAAAAGCGAGGCUGGUGUGCAUCGACUCGUGCGUAUCUCGCCGUUUGAUAGUGCAGGUCGGAGGCACACGUCUUUUGCUCAAGUUCGAGUGUACCCGAUGGCUGCAGAAGGCCGGUCGAGUGAGGAAAUCGAGAUCUCGACAAAAGACCUUCGUAUCGACACGUUCCGAUCCUCGGGCGCGGGCGGACAGCACGUGAAUACGACGGACAGUGCCAUUCGGAUCACGCACUUGCCCACGGGCAUCGUGGUGCAGAGCCAAUCGGAGCGAUCGCAGCACCGCAACAAGGCCGAAGCGCUAGCCGUGCUGCGGGCCAAGCUCUACCAGCGCAAGCUCGAUGAAGAAGCUCGCAAGAAACAGCAAUUUGCGCAGGGUCUUGGUGAAAAUGCCUGGGGGAACCAGAUCCGGUCUUACGUGUUGUAUCCGUACCAGUUAGUGAAAGACCACCGCACCAACUACUCAGAAGGCAACACGGCGCAGGUUCUGGACGGCGACAUCGAUCACUUCAUCGAGAAGAUGCUGCUUCACCAAGCCGCGUCCAGCAGCAACGAGAGUGACGUAUAG